UCAAUCAAUCCACCCAUUCACAACACACUCACAAAGGAAUAAGGAAGAGUCAGCUGGCUGCACGCUUCAUGGACAGCACACGCGCGUUCCCAUAAGGACAGUUGUCUUGUCACAACAAUAUUUUCAGCGCCUCAUUUUACAGAUGUACUCUACCUUUAUUGCUACUUCCAUCCAGGGAGAGGCUGUUCAGUUUACAAAUGUACUGAGCUUUCCUAGUUUUCACAGAAGAGAGUUGUUUGUCACAUGCAGGACAGCACAGAUGCGCACCUGACCGCAAACACGUCGCGCUUGACGCUUCCAUCUCUUUGCUCUCUCAUUUCGUGAGUGGAUCUUGUUGAAAUCUCAUUUAAAUGUGUUUAUUGCAUUAUAAUAGCCAUCUUGAUGUCAUGAUGGCACAGUGGAGAGGAGAAGCAUCCUGCAUGUGUAGGCUAUGUACGCGAAAGUGUUGUUCCACCAGCAAAUUUCCACGUGAGCAGUGAUGUCCGAAAGGGUUAAGUGCUCGAGCGGCGUGCUCACUCCUACAGCAUUACAUCACUCAGCGGUCCAGAGGUGCGAACCGAGCACUAGGUGGCAUCCUAGAUGAGUACGGAUCCGCGUCUCUCUUCAGUCGAGACAUCCAGUCGGCGGUGGCGGGUGUCUCAGGGAACAGUCCCGCGCUCGCUCCCAAAGACAAUGCGCAGGUGACAAGAACCGGCUUCCAGGAGUUCGUCUCUGACCCGUGCCGGCUCGAGAACUAGAUCAGCGCUGACUUCGCCGUCCGCAGCGCCGCAGGAUGAUGCUCGGCCUCACCCCACAAGUCCAUGGCUACCUCAUUAGGGGUACUCUGGAGAAACAGGUGUCGGGGAAGUGACGUCACGAGCCUCGGAAACCAGAGGUGUGCGCUUCGGAGAGCAAGAUGGCAGCGAAAUCCGACGGUCGGGGGGUCGUCACCGGUUUCGCCCAGCUGCACAACCUGGACGAGACGGUGGGGAGCUGCGAGGACGACCCGCGGCAGAGCAGCUCCUUCCACAUCUGCCACUGCUGCAACACCUCGUCGUGCUACUGGGGCUGCCGGAGCGCCUGUCUGCAUUACCUCCUGGGCAAGGGGAGAGACGUCAGGCGGCCACCUCACGAGAAGCGCCUGUGGUUGGACUGCCUGUGGAUCGUCCUCGCGCUCCUCGUCUUCUUCUGGGACGUGGGCACUGACUUGUGGCUCGCGCUCGACUACUACUUCAAGCAGGACUACCUCUGGUUCGGACUCACACUGUUCUUCGUGCUGGUGCCGUCGGUGCUGGUCCAGAUCCUGAGCUUCAGGUGGUUCGUGCAGGAUUACACGGGGGGCGGCUUGGGCUCCGUGGAGGGUCUCAGCAGCAGCCUGGGCCCAGGGGUGCACGGCAGGGCCAGAUGCUGUCGCAUGUCCGUGUGGGUCUGGCAGACGCUCAUACACAUCCUUCAGAUGGGACAAGUGUGGAGGUACAUCAGAGCAAUGUAUCUUGGAAUCCAGAGCCGCAGACAAAAGGAGAACCAGCGACGCUUCUACUGGGCCAUGAUGUACGAGUAUGCCGAUGUCAACAUGCUCCGUCUAUUGGAGACAUUUCUGGAAAGUGCUCCACAGCUGGUUCUCCAGCUCUGCAUCAUGAUCCAGAAGAACCGGGCAGAAACGCUGCAGUGUGUGUCGGCGGUCGCGUCUCUCCUCUCUCUUUCCUGGGUUCUGGCCUCGUACCACAAGCUUCUGCGUGAUUCCCGCGACGACCAAAAGAGCAUGAGCUACCGGGGAGCGCUGGUGCAUCUUCUGUGGCGUUUCUUCACCAUUUCUUCUCGGGCGCUAUCUUUCGCCCUCUUUGCCUCAGUUUUCCACAUCUACUUUGGCAUUUUUGUGGUGCUGCACUGGUGUGCCAUGGCCUUCUGGGUAAUCCACGGAGGAACCGACUUCUGUAUGUCCAAGUGGGAGGAGGUGCUAUUCAACAUGGUGGUAGGCGUGGUCUAUGUCUUCUGCUGGUUUAACGUCAAGGAGGGAAGGACCCGAUUCCGCAUGGUGGUUUAUUAUUUGCUGGUGCUGGUGGAAAAUACCAUCCUUACUGCUCUGUGGUACACCUACAGAGACCCGGUCACUACCGACUCCUACGCUGCAUCUGCCCUCUGCGGCGUCUUCCUGUGCUUUGCCUCCGGAGUGGCCUGCAUGGUCCUCUACUACAGCGUCCUGCAUCCCAUGGGGCCCCGGCUGAGGGUGCUGGCCAGUUCCUGCUGUGCUGAGCUGCUCUGGGGCCUCCCCUUGCCACCCGAGGCUGAGCCCAUGGCUCCCACUCCGGGGCCUCGGGGCUCCCAAGCCACCCCGACCAGGGGGAUGGCUUCAGGGGACUACAGCGAGCCGGAGGAUGCCGCCACAGACACUUGUCUGCCGGUGUUCCAGGUGAGAUCCACAGAGCCCACCGAUGCGGCGGGUAGGCCCAUCCCCCCCGAGGGGCCCCUCAUCAAGAUCGACAUGCCCAGGAAGCGCUACCCAGCCUGGGAUGCUCACUUUGUGGACCGACGUUUGCGGCGGACCAUAAACAUCCUCCAGUACAUCAGCCCCAAUGCGGUGGGCAUCAGGUACAGGGAUGGACCCCUCCUCUACGAGCUGCUCCAGUACGAGUCCUCCCUGUGAAGGUGUGCGAUGCCGCUCUAUCUCUACUAUCAUGCCCUCUCUGGUUCUCCACUUCCCCUGGUGCUUUUUUAUUUAGUUGUGCUCUGAAGCUAUAAGAGUGCAUCUAAAAGAGUCUAAACAGAGAAUAUUCAACAUAUAUUUUGACUAACAGAGUGUAGAGUUAGAGUUAGUCCGAAAUACAACAUUCCCUAGUUUGGGUUACUAUGGCGUGAAUGUUCGACUAAUGUGUAUGUUUGAUGGUGUUUGUGGCCCUGUCGCCUCUAAAAUGUGCAUGAUGGGAAUGAUGGAGGAACAUAGUCUUUAGCAUCCUCAUUCUGAUUUUGCUUUUACCAUUUUGUGCCUACAUUUUUCCCAGACAGUUGUGGUGACAACUGUUCUUAAAGAUGGCAAAUGAGUCAAUAUUAGCUAGACACUAAAAAGCACAUUUGAUUGUCAAAAAAAACACACGAUGCCCCACUCCUUUUCUCCAUUGAUAAAGGGGGAAGAGGCUUGAAAUUGUUGGGAAAGUGCACCAAAAAGGUACAAUCAUUUUUCAAAUAAAAUGCAAUGAUGUCAUGUAAAAAAUUGGUGUUAAAUUUUGGUGACGGCCUACCAUAUUAUACUGCCACCACUAUUUUGAUCAUCAAGGGCCUUAAUAUUUAUCUUAACAUGUCUUUUCCUACUGAAUCUCACUAGUGAUGUGAUAUCUUCAGCUCUGUAAUCUGAGGGAGUUGAAUAUUUGAAUUUUUUACAUAUGGCCCACUAUUUUUUUAACCCAUCUGUAGUAUGUGAGGGUGCACUUUAUGACUGCUAUGUCUAAAUAAAUGGGACAUAUUUUCUUAUAUACACUACCGUUCAAAAGUUUGGGCUUAGUAAGGAUGCAUUAAAUUGAUCAAAAGUGACAGUAAACAGUACAACUUUUCUAUUCUGUUUAAAGG